GAAAUUGACAAUGUGAUAGCUUCAACACAUAUACGCAGCAAAUCUGCAUCGACGACGCGGUGGUGAUCGACCCCGACCGUGUCGACAACGCCGUGACCAACGAUGGCUUUACUAUGCGCGAGCUGCGCUAUGCGAUUGGGGCGCGUGCCGGGGACAAUGAAGACCAGGAUGAGGAAGUCGACGACUCACCACUGCAACUGCCUCUGGGAACAGAUGAGAUCCUUCCAUCUACUGCGCCAGGUGAAACCGCAACGCCAACCAAGCAAAUCAUUGGGCCCGCGCCCCCCACGGCACUGGAUAGCAUGGCCAUUCAACUCAGCCAGGACGUGAAGACGGUCACGAAGCUCGUCGAGGAGAUCGCCGCCCUCGAGGCUAGCAUCGAAGACGCCGUCGAGGUGGAUAGUUCGGCCACCAAGCGCGACACGCUGCUCCUCGAGAAAAAGCGCAUGCGUCUGGCCCGGCUCAAGACGACCGGGACGGGGCUGAAAUCCGCCAACCCCCGCCACGCCGCGCGGGAUCUGUCGCGUCGAGGUCCGAGUCAGAUUGUCUCGUACAACUCGCGGUUUGUCAAUAAGAUUAGUGAGAUCACGGAUGACAUGAAUAUUUCCGGUUCUCUGUCGAUUAAAUACGGUGCCGUUGGCGGGUCCGGCAAGGGCUCUUUCGUCGACACGGACAAGUUCAAGGAAAGCGACCUGAACUUCUUCAUCAGCGUCAAAGUCAUCAACCAGAGUAUCAACAUCAAGGAUGCCCUCGUCUUUCAGGGCCUCCCGUCCGUCAACGAAGACAACUUUCGAUCCGUCUUCGGCGACGCGUUCAUCUCGGGCUUCCUCGAGGGCGGCGAGUUCAACGCUCUGGUGAGCAUGAAGGUCAUCAACAAGGACAAGCGCAUGUCGGUGAAGGCCGAAGCAGAGAUUGCCCUAAGUGUUGGCGGGGCGGAUAUUCACGCCAUGGCUGAUGUGGGUAUCGGCAAAACCAACUUCUCCUCCCAGACCGAGACCACGAUUCAGGUGGGUUGGUCGGGUGGAGGACACAUCAAACCCAUGGAUCAACCGUGGACCAUCCAGACUCUGAUGGCGACAGCGGCCAAGUUCCCCGAUCUGGUAGCCAAUACCCCCCAGCGAACCUAUGCCAUCCUCACUAAGUAUGAGUCUCUGCGCAGUUUCAUGGCGCUGAAGCCCCCCGCGCUCAAGCCACUGUUUUACGAAAACGCGGCCAUCUAUACCAACACCCUUCUGGAUGCCUACAUGGACUACAAAAACGUUUAUCGUACCCUUAGCACCUACCUAGCCGAUAUUCAGGCAGGAACUAAGAAGUUCGGAGAGGACUGGCCCACGGGCACCGCGCUCGCGGACGCCACCACGCUGGGCAAGAUGGACGACGAGUCACGGUUUCCAUCAACCAUCAAGGGACUGGAUCUAGCGCGGCGGGCCUGUCGGUUUCAAAUGGUCAAGAUUGUCAAGGAGGUGGACGCGAUCGAGACGAAACCCGAUCUGGCCGCCGACGAGACGCGGGAGGAAGCCUACCAGAGCCCGAUUGUGUUCCGGGAACGGCUGCCCCUGGUCAAGGACAAAGAGAAGUUGCCGCAUCUCAAGAUCUUUGGCACAGAUGUCCCUUACCCCCCGUUGCUGGACCAUGUUGAUGGAGACGGGAUGUCCGAGGAUGAGGUGGCCAAGGCGGCCAGCUACAAAGCCGAUCAACCCGAUGUCAGCGAGUUCCAGCGCCUCGCCCCCAUGGUGGGCUCAGCCACGGGCUCUCUCUUCUGCAAUCUGGACUUCAUCAAGCCCGAUUUCAGUCUGCGGUCCGUCCGAGUGGAUGUUCACAAUGGAGUAGUGGCGGGGCUAAGCGUGCGGUACGCGAACGGCCUGCUGGCCGCCAUGGGGACCGCGGGAGGGGACCGCUCGCUGUCACUGGCGUUGAAUGCCGAAGAUGGCGAGAAGAUCAUCGCAUGCUCUAUUGAGACCGGCCGUGAGGAAUUCGACGACGACCCCAAUGCCCCGACUCGCGUGACGGCCAUCCGGCUCUACACUAAUCGCGGACCGGAUCUGCUGGGCAACGCUGAGGACUGGAAACCCGCCGUCAACGGCCGGGGUAUCCGCGGCGGCCUCGCCUUUAAGGACCUUAUCCUCACGCACUUCGAUCCCUUGCUCGUCAAUUCCCACGUUAAGGGCUUCUGGGGGUACGGCAUCACGACAACCACCCUCAAGGCGGAAAGCGGGCUGUACCGGCUCGCCCCGAUCUGGGGUAACAAGGAAAGCAUUACGCCAGCGGUCGGGGCGCCGGUCGACGACCGCGUCGUCGACCCGGCCAAGAUCAUGACCGAGGCGCAGGAACUCCGAUUCGCGGCCAACACCCACCGCAGCUGGCAGGGCGGCAAACCCGGCGGCAGCGCCGUCUUCGAGUACCACUUCCCGAAGCCGCUGCCCAUCGUCCCGACCAUCCUCUACGGCCUGCGCUGCCUCGACGUGAACGGCGCCAACUCGCCGCGGUUUGCGCUCGAGCUGCCGACGGUGUCUGAGUCCGGGUUCAUGCUCGCGCUGAAGACCUUCCUGCACCCGACCCUCAACAUCGAGGCCAACGUCCUCGUCCUCCCAAACGGCAAGAUCCCGUUCCAGCACGGCCUCGUUAACGCCAGCGACACGGCCGCCGGCCGCACCGCCGCGCAGAACGCCGCGGUGCAGGUCACCUUCGCGAAGCCGUUUGCCGACCCGGAGCCCAAGGUCUUCGCCUGGUUCACGGCGGUGUCGCAGCCGCGCGGCCGCCGCAAGCUGACCACGUACAUCACGGACGUGACCGCGCACGGCAUGACGGUGCACAUCGACACGGACGCCGGAUGCGAGUUCGAGUCCGCGCAGGUGGCCUGGUUGGCCUGGCCGCGCGAGGACGACGGCCGCGGCGUCCGCGCGGGCAACAGUGUCUGGCGCCGGGACGAUCCCGUCAGCGACGCUCCCUGGUAUGGAGGCGGGUUCUCUCGCACCCCCAAGGUGUUCUGCGGCAUCAAUCAUCUGGAUUUCCCCGAGUGUCCGGACACGUGGCUGCGCGUGUUUGGGAAGCCUGAGCAGGCGACCAAGGAGCGGUUGCGCUGGCACGCGGGCACCUGGCAGGAUACCCCGAUGAAUGAGGUGGGGGUGUGUUGGAUUGGGGUUGAAUAA